GGCUGGGGGGGGGCAGUGAAAUGCAGGUCAGGCCUGGCAGCGGUACAGGCUGGGUUAGCUCCCACGGGAACCACCCACCCCCCCCACGCCCACCCACGCAACAGGCCUGCAGCCGCGGGCAGCAGCUGCUGCUGAGGGCAGAGCCGGCGCGGGAGGCGCUACAGGAUGCUCUGCUGAGCCUGGGGGCAGUGCUGGAUGCCAACAGCCUGAGGGACUCCCUGCGCCAGGCUCUGCUCUCGCUGCUGCCCAGGGUGGAGCACCUGUACCUGUACCUGCGGGAGGGGGACUCGAGGCUGCUCUGUGAUGAUCCCCCCCACGAGCUGCCCACCCACGGCAAGCUCAGGGAUGCGGUGCGGAGGCAGAAGCGGUUGGAGUGUGGGGGGCUGCCCCCUGCAGAGCUGCCAGGCGACCACCUGGCACCCCUGGCAGCACCCCUGGCGCCUGGCACACAAGUUCUCCUCCUGCCGCUGGUGGACAAGGAGAGCAGCGCCGUGGUCUGCGUCAUCCUGGUGCGCUGCGGGCAGCUGAGCGAGGCGGACGAGCAGAACCUGCGGGCACUGGAGCGCCACGCCCUGGUGGCUCUCCGGCGCCUGCAGGCCCUGCAGAAGCUGCAGCCCUGGCCCCAGCUCAGCCUCUCCAGCAGCUCCUCCCAGGCCUCCUUGGCCAAGGCUCAGAGGGGCACCGAGGGCAGCUACAGCGACCUGGACUGCAAGAUCCUGCAGCUCUGUGGGGAGCUCUACGACCUGGACGCGGCCUCGCUGCAGCUGAAGGUCGUCAACUACCUGAAGCAGGAGACUCAGUCGCUGUGCUGCUGCCUGCUGCUGGUCUCGGAGGACAACCACCAACUCUUCUGCCAGGUGGUUGGUGACCGAGUGCUGGAGGAGGAGAUCAGCUUCUCGCUCACCUUCGGGCGCCUGGGCCAGGUGGUGGAGGACAAGAAGUCAAUCACCCUGCAGGACAUCAGCCAGGAGGAGCACAAGCAGCUGAGCAGCAUGCUGGGCACGGAGGUCACCUCCAUGCUCUGUGUGCCAGUCACCAGCAGGGCAACCUCCCAGGUGGUGGCCUUGGCCUGUGCCUUCAACAAGCUCAGCGGGGACAGCUACACGGAGGCAGACGAGCACAAGAUCCAGCACUGCUUCUGCUACACCUCCACGGUGCUCACCAGCACCUUGGCCUUCCAGAAGGAGCAGAAGCUCAAGUGCGAGUGCCAGGCGCUGCUGCAGGUGGCCAAGAACCUCUUCACGCACUUGGACGAUGUCUCAGUGCUGCUGCAGGAGAUCAUCACCGAGGCCAGGAACCUCAGCAACGCCGAGAUCUGCUCUGUGUUCCUCCUGGACCGCCCCAGCCACGAGCUGGUGGCGAAGGUGUUCGAUGGGGGAGUGGUGGACGAUGAGAGCUACGAGAUUCGGAUCCCCGCGGACCAGGGCAUCGCCGGGCACGUGGCCACGACGGGCAAGAUCCUGAACAUCCGAGACGCCUACUCGCACCCACUCUUCUACCGCGGCGUGGACGACUCCACGGGCUUCAGGACACGCAACAUCCUCUGCUUCCCCAUCAAGAACGAGAGCCAAGAGGUGAUCGGGGUGGCAGAGCUGGUGAACAAGAUCAAUGGGCCCUGGUUCAGCAAGUUCGAUGAGGACCUGGCCACAGCCUUCUCCAUCUACUGUGGCAUCAGCAUCGCCCACUCGUUGCUGUACAAGAAGGUGAACGAGGCUCAGUACCGCAGCCACUUGGCCAACGAGAUGAUGAUGUACCACAUGAAGGUGUCGGACGAUGAGUACAGCAAGCUGCUGAGCGAGGGCAUCCAGCCGGUGGCCACCAUCGACCCCAACUUCGCCAGCUUCACCUACACCCCCCGCUCGCUGCCCGAGGACGACACCUCCAUGGCCAUCCUGAGCAUGCUGCAGGACAUGAACUUCAUCAGCACCUACAAGAUGGACAGGCAGACCCUCACCAGGUUCUGCCUGAUGGUGAAGAAGGGGUACCGGGACCCGCCCUACCACAACUGGAUGCAUGCCUUCUCCGUCUCGCACUUCUGCUACCUGCUCUACAAGAACCUGGAGCUGGUCAACUACCUGGAGGACAUCGAGAUCUUUGCCCUCUUCAUCUCCUGCAUGUGCCACGACCUGGACCACAGAGGCACCAACAACUCCUUCCAGGUGGCCUCGAAAUCAGUCCUGGCAGCGCUCUACAGCUCCGAGGGGUCUGUCAUGGAGCGGCACCACUUCGCCCAGGCCAUCGCCAUCCUCAACAGCCAAGGCUGCAACAUCUUCGACCACUUCUCCCGCAAGGACUACCAGCGGAUGCUGGACCUGAUGCGGGACAUCAUCCUGGCCACGGACCUGGCACAUCACCUGCGCAUCUUCAAGGACCUCCAGAAGAUGGCAGAAGUGGGCUAUGACCCCAAGAACAAGCAGCACCGAAGCCUCCUCCUCUGCCUCCUGAUGACCUCCUGCGACCUCUCAGACCAGACCAAGGGCUGGAAGACCACCAGGAAGAUUGCGGAGCUGAUCUACAAAGAGUUCUUCUCCCAAGGGGAUCUGGAGAAGGCGAUGGGCAACCGCCCGCUGGAGAUGAUGGACCGGGAGAAGGCCUACAUCCCCGAGCUGCAGAUCAGCUUCAUGGAGCACAUUGCCAUGCCCAUCUACAAGCUGCUGCAGGAGCUGUUCCCCAAGGCGGCGGAGCUGUACCAGCGAGUGGCCAGCAACAGGGAGCAGUGGACCAAGGUCUCGCACAAGUUCACCCUGCGGGGGCUGCCCAGCAACAACUCCUUGGACUUCCUGGACGAGGACUACGACCCCCAGGCCCCCGAGCCCCCCCUCAACGGCUGCCUGCAGGCCGAGCCGGGGGCACCGCCCGAGCCGCGGGCACCGCCGCAGGAGGGCGCGGAGUGACGGAGGAGGAGGAGGAGGAUGGCGGCGGAGGGACGGCAGCCGGAGCCGGGAGCAGCCCCCCCCAAGCUUCAUCCCCUGCCCGACCCUGCCCCACGCGGGGAGAGGUUUGGGGGUGGAGGACUCAGGACCAGCCCUGGCCAGACCUAUCUGCUGCCAACCUCCGGCAACGGGGCGGGGGGAGGGGGCAGGUGCCCGCUGCAGCCGGUGCCCAGCCUGGGUGGGCAAAGGGUAAGGAGGGGCUGGAGGAUGGACCCAAACUGCCUUAAGGCUGCAGGAACUGGCCCCGUGGGGAGAGGGUGGCAGUGGGGACAGUGCCCGCGGUGGGUGCCCACCGGGAGGGGCUGUGCCCUCGGAAGGGGCUCGGAGGGGGCAGCAGGAUGGAGAAGGCCAACAGCUGGUGGCACUGGGGGCACGGAGGGGGCGCCCAGGGGAGGCUGAGGGGCGGCUGAGGGCAAGAGGAGUGCAGCUGAGACCCAGGGGGGCACAGGCAGCCGGAGCAGGGUGCCCAUGGACAGGUCCUGCUGGCACCAGGCUGGAAGAGGACACAGGCAGCCAGAGCAGGGUGCCCACGGGCAGGACCUGCUGGCACCAGGCUCGAGGAGGGCACAGGCAGCUGGAGCAGAGUGCCCAUGGACAGGUCCUGCUGGCACCAAGCUGGAGGAGGGCACAGGCAGCCAGAGCAGAGUGCCCACGGACAGGUCCUGCUAGCACCAGGCUGGAAGAGGGCACAGGCAGCUGGAGCAGAGUGCCCACGGACAGGUCCUGCUGGCACCAGGCUGGACAAGCAGCCCUUGGCACAGUGCCCUCCUGCCAGGACCUUCACACCCACCGGUGGCCUCCAGCCAGCCAUGACUCCUGCAGGGGCUCCUGAGGGGCACGGCCAGGAGGGGGCUCCUGCACCCCUAGAGAGUGCCCAACUUAUCCUCACCGUGCCCCCCUCUCCACCAUGCGGCUUGGCACUGGGGUGGGCACCCAGGAGCCUUCUCUCCUCCACAAGCAGCUGGCAGCAGUGCCCAAAGACGUCCAGGAACACCUCCAGGCUCACGGUGGCACCGCAGCUCCUGCCACAGUCACCACCACGCUGGCACCUUGAUGGCAUCCUCUGGUCCACCCUGGCACUGCAGCCCGCCACGGACCCUGCCCCCUCCCCUGGCCCUGCAGACCACCAUGCAUGGACGCUCCCUGCCCCCUCCCCCAACCCAACCUCUUUGGACCUCCUCCCCCCGGGGGGGUCUUUGCUCCAGCAGUCCCCCCCCAGCCUCCCUGCAGCUCUUUGGUGUCACCCCCAGGUCUGUGUCGCCCCCAGCCAAUGCCAACCCCGAGCAGGACCACCAGGGCGAGAUGAAGAUGAGGAGGGGAGGGAGGGGAAGGAGGCCCAGGAUGAAGGCAGCUGCCGCAGCCCAGGAGAUGCCAUCCGGGCAGCUGGUGCCCUCCUCCCCCCACCCCCACGCGGCAGGAGCGGGUGCCAGCGGUGCCAGGUGUCUCACGGCUCGGCUGGUAGCCGGGGGGGUGCCCAGAGGAGCCAUGCGAUGCCCACAGCCCCCCGCGCUGGGCACCCAGGGCCCUGAAUUCCUUUUGCCUUACCGCCCCGGAGAUGCCUUCAGGCAGAGGCCCUUGGCAUCCUCUGCCAGCCUCCCCCUGGCAUCCUCUGCCAGCAGACCCCCCCCGGCACCGGGAGAGGACGCAAGGGAAGGGCGGAGGGGGACAGGGACAACCCCAGAGGCAGCAACCCCCCCCCCCCGCCCCCGUGAGCGGGUGGGGACCCGGUGGGCACCCCCCCCACACAGCGGUGCCAGGCUGGGGGUGGCAGUUCCCCAGCUGUGUGUGCCACCCCCUCCCCUGUUCCUGCAGCCCUCCCUCCCAGCUGCCAGCCCUGUACAGACCCCGCUGGGCACUGGGAGGGCACCCAGCCAGGCCCGCCCCGAGCAGGGGGCACACAAAUACCCUCCCCCCCCCCCGGCUUCUCCGCCCGCCCCUUGCGCCGCGCUGCUUGGUCUGGGCUCCGGCAGAGCCCCGCAGGAGGCAGCUCCGCUCCUGCCUCCUCCCCUCCCCUGCUCCCUCUUCCUCUCCUUCCGCCUCUCCUUCCUCUUCUCCUUCCCUCUUCCCUCCUUCUUCUCUCUCUUCCUCUCCUUCUCCUUCUCUCUCCUUCCUCUUCUCCCUUCUUCUUGCUGCUCUUUUUCUCUCCUCUCUUCUCUCUCUUCCUCUCCCUCACCUUUUCUCUUUCCUCUCCUUCCUCAUCUCCUUCGCUCUUCUUUUUCUUUUCCUUCUUCAUCUCCUUCCUCCUUUUCAUCUCCUUUCUUUACUCUUCUACUCCUUCUCCUGCUCCUCCUUCUUCUGUCUUCCUCUUCCUCCUCCUGCUUCAACCACUUCUCAUCUCCUCUUUCUCAUCCAUCUUCAACCUCUUCUUUCUUCUUCCAUCUUCUUCGACCUUUUCUUCCUCCUUCUUCUCCUCCUUCAAAUUCCUCUUCCUUCUUCAACCUCUUCUCUUCCUCCUUCUGCCUCUCCUUCUUCUUCCUCUUUCUUCUCCUUCUUCAGCCUCUUCUCCUUCUGUCUUCUUCCUUCUCCCACUUUCUUCUUCCUCCUCCUUCCUCCCCCCCCCCCCCCCCCCCCCGAUGUUUAUUUUCUGCUGGGUUUUGGUUUUCCUAAAUAAAUUUCGUACGUCCACGUCCCCGCGGGGGGGUCCUGUG